UUGUACAAAUGAUUAGAUUAAAUAGCAAACAAAUUUAGAACCAUAAAAUAGAAAACAAAAUGUGUAAGAAAUUUCUAAACUAAAACGGGCGAUCAGUGAAUUCUAAAGUUUCGAAAAGAGUAGAACGCGAACAAAACUACCUUUUGUUAAGAGAAUUUGAGAAAAAUCGAAAAACAAAUAUAUAUAGUGCAAUUUUGGAUAUAAGCCAAAAAAAAAAAUAAAAAAAGUUCUAAAAUUAAAAAAAAAAAACAAAAAAUAAAUAAACAAACAUGUCUGCAGAAAAUCUGGCAUCUUUAUUAAGCUUAGACGAAUGUAAAGUAAUUGUCGAUAAAUUAAAUCAAGAAACCGGCCAACAGUUACAAAUCAAAACGUUUAACAUUAUUUCGGCUACAGAAGCUAAAGGAUUUUUGGGUGAAUAUUUUCAUUUAACAAUUGAGUGUUUUAGGCCAGACAAUGAUAAAGAGUUAAUUGAUCAAGAUGCCGAUAAUGGUGAUGCCAUAUUAUUGAGAUUUUUUAUUAAAAAUCUACCACCUGUCGAUGAAGAACAUGAAAAAGUUAAGAUUUUUCGUAAAGAAAGUGCUUUGUAUGGAUCGCUAUUGCCGAAAUUGCAAAAAUAUUCCACCGAAUCCUGGUGUCCCAAGGUAUAUUUAUGCUAUCAAAAUCUUUUAGUUUUAGAAGAUCUUGACAGCUUAGGCUUUCAUUCGUUAGCCUCAAAAGAAAAUCUAAGUGACAGUGAAAUGUUUCCCAUCCUAAACGGUCUUGCGGCAAUGCAUGCUUCCAGUCUGCUCUACGAAUUAAAUAACGAAGAAAGUAUUGAAGAAACCUAUUACGAAAGCCUUAAAGAGAUUACCGUACACCCCGAUAUACCCUGGUUUACAACUGGUCUCAAGGCUGUAAUCGAGGUAGCCAAACAUCAUUCAAAAUACCAAGCAGAAGUAUCACAAAAAUUUAUUAUCAACGAAUUGCCCCUUCACUUGAAAAAUAUUUAUUUUAUGGUGAAUCCUUCACCCAAAUAUCGUAAUGUCUUGAGUCAUCGUGACACUUGGGGUGGUAAUAUUUUUUUGCACCACGAUAUUCCUGAAAAAUCGGCUGUAUUUGUGGAUUUUCAAACUUGCCGCUAUAGUCCGCCAGCCAUUGAUGUUAUCUUUACAUUAUUUAUGAAUUUAACGAAACAGGAGAGAUUGGAAAAACAAGCGGAUUAUUUGGAAUAUUACUACCAACAAUUGGUGCAACAUGUAACGAAUCAUUUACCCAGCGAUAAAUCCCUAAAUGAAGUGAUUUUCUCAGAAGCUGAAUUUUUGGAAUCAAUUGAAGAGUUCCAGUUGUUUGGUUUAGUCUAUAGAGCUUUGGCGGCCUCUAUUUUAAAAGUACCCAAAGAAAUUGUAACGGAUUAUUAUAAGAAUGAGGAACGAUCGGAAAAGCUAUUGGAAUAUAUGGAAGAAAAUGAAGAAUUCAGGAUGUUAAUGGAGGAGUGUAUAGAAGACAUUAUAGAGGCGGUUGUGGAUAUUUCUAUAAAGUCAAAUAUUUAUUAAAAGUAAUAAAGAUAAAGUUUUGUAAUAAAAAAAGUAAGAAUUAAAAAUGAUCGUUUCGAUUAAAGAAGUUCGACAAUAAAGUAAAUUUUAUUGGUAAAUUUUUCUAUUGAUAAA